AGGUUACUGGGCAUGCUCAGUUCGGCCGCGCAUGCUCAGUGCAGCCAAAGUAGCGAAUCGGGAGCGGUUCAUGUUUCUGUCGUUACAGACCACGUGUGACCUGAGGAGCCCCUGGAGGGGAAGGGAGGAGCCGGCGACACCAUGUGAGCCGCUGGCGGGGGCGGCAGGAGCCCGCCGUGAAGACAGAUGGGGUGAGAGAGAGUCAGCUCCAGCUGUCAGCGCGGCUUCAGCCCUGCCCCCGCCCGCGCCCCUCCUCCGCCGCGCGUCUCCCCCCGGCCUCGGGCAAACCAUGGCGUCCAGCGAGGAGGACGGGGCCGGCAGCGGCUCGCUGGAGGAGAAGGAGAAGGGCAGGAAGAGGCGCCUGGGCGCGUUGGCCACAGCUUGGCUCAUCGGCUACAACAUCGCCAUGACCGCCGGGUGGCUGGUAUUGGCUAUUGCCAUGGCACGGUUUUACAUGCAGAAAGGAACAUACAAAGGCUUAUACAAAACUAUUCAAAAGACACUUAAAUUUUUCCAGACAUUUGCUGUGCUUGAGAAAAAUUCUGAUCUGGAUAAGAUGUUGCAUGUGAAACUGAGAUUUGGUUUUGAAGCUGAAGAGCAAGGUAGUCCACUGUGCAGUUGGAAUAGUUCGCACCUCUGUGCUUGUGACUGGGGUCCAAGUGAGUUCAAGAAUCUUCAUGGUGUGGUUUAUAACACACAGUAUAAAACAGAAAUCCCAGGAGGUUUUCAGCCUUCAGGCACAGAAGUCUAUUACCAAAUUCAUCCCCUUUUAAAGAAAAUAAAUAAAUCACUUGUGUGUAAUUCUUCUUCUCAGAAGGUAUUAUUUGUAAAAGACCCCCAACCAUCAUCUUUGCACAGUUGGGGAUUCCCCCUUCCCCAAAGGAUCUGAUGUUCUGAAGCAGCAGAUACAACUUUUUUAUCAUCUUGUAUCCUGUUGGAGUUGCUGGUGAACUUCUAACUAUUCAUGCUGCAUUACCUUAUGUGAAGAAGACAGGCAUCUUUUCACUGAGACUUCCCAACAAGUAUAAUGUCUCUUUUGAC